AUGUUGUCUCACCCCAACAGCCUACUGAGACAGAAGCGAGAAUGGACAGUCCCUCCGGCUUUCAUAUGGGAAGAGCAGGACAAUGCUUAUAAGAAUCCAAUUGCUAGAAUACAUUCUGAUCUGGAAGAUACAGGGAUAGUGGUGACUUAUACUAUAUCCGGUCAAGGAGUAACAGAACCCCCUUAUGGAUUAUUUGUUAUCAAUGGAAAGACUGGAGACCUGAACAUAACAGGAAUAGUUGACAGAGAAAAGACUCCAAUUCUGCUUCUCAGAGGUCACGCACUAGAUAAGACUGGAGCAAAACUGGAAGAGCCAAUAGACCUCCCAAUUAAAGUCCUGGACAGAAAUGACAAUUCUCCAGUGUUUUCACAUGAAACCUUUUUUGGUUCAAUUGAAGAAUUAAGUGAAACAGGUACAAUUGUAAUGAGGAUAAAUGCAACAGAUGCAGAUGAACCAAAUAACCCAAAUUCCAAAAUUGCUUUCAAGAUCCUUUCCCAAAGCCCUAGUGCUGCAUUCAGUAUAGAUAAGCAUACUGGCGAGGUUCGAGUAGCAAAAAUAAACCUUGACAGAGAGACACAAAGUAGCUAUUCUUUAGUGGUGGAAGCAAAAGACCGUGAUGGUGCUUCAGAUGGGAAUGCUGCAACAUCAUCUUUAGAAAUCAAGAUUUUGGAUGUCAAUGACAAUGUGCCUGUGGUUGAAAAUAGCGCAUUUGAAGUAAGCAUCGAAGAAAACAAAGCAAAUGUGGAAAUUCUGCGAAUAAAAGUAAUUGACAAAGAUGAAGAGUUUUCUGAUAACUGGUUGGCGAACUUUUCAUUUGUUUCUGGUAAUGAAGGCGGCUUUUUUCAUAUAGUAACAGAUAACCGAACAAAUGAAGGAAUUUUGACUGUUGUGAAGGAGCUGGAUUAUGAAAAAAUGCAAAGCCUGCACUUGGGCUUUGUUGUUACAAACAAAGCAGAAUUCCACAAGUCAAUUAAACACAGUUAUAAAGCACAAAGAAUUCCAAUCAGAGUUCAUGUGGUUAAUGUGCAGGAAGGCCCUAUAUUCCCUGGUGGCACAAAAAUUAUUGAAGCAAGUGAGAACCUACAGAUAAGACAAGUUAUUGGACAGUAUCAAGCCUAUGAUGAAGACACUGGAAAAAUAGCAGAGCGCAUUGUAUACAUGAAAGGAAGAGAUACAGCAAACUGGAUCACAGUAGACACAGUCACAGCUGAAAUCCGACUUGCCAAACAACUCGAUUACGAAUCGUCUCAUGUAGUAAAUGGUACCUACACUAUCACCGUGUUGGGUGUAACUACUGAUGUUCCUAGGAAAACGAUCACCGGCACAGUCGUUAUUCAAGUUAAAGAUGAGAAUGAUAACUGCCCAUUUAUUGUGAAUGCUGUGCAGACUGUGUGUUCAGAUGCAAAAUUAGUUAAUGUUACAGCUAAUGAUUUGGAUGGUUACCCAAACAGUGAUCCCUUCAGCUUUACUGUCAUUGAUCAACCAGAAGGAACAGCAAAAAAUUGGAUAAUUGCAUCUGAAAAUGGCACCAGCAUACAGCUGGUACCACAAAACCUGAAGCUGGGCAGAACUGAAGUUCCCCUCCUGAUAAAGGAUUUCCAAGGGUUGAGCUGUGGUCAAACACAGUCUCUACAACUGACUGUUUGUAAGUGUACGGGUGACGGCGUAUGCAAAGAGAAGAUUGUUGGCACUAAGUCUGUGGGUCUGGGACCAGGAGCAAUUGCACUAAUCAUCUUGGCAUUUUUACUUUUGCUGCUUAUUCCACUGUUACUGCUGCUGUGUCCCUGUGGCUCGAGAGCGAAGGGAUUUGCUGUGAUAUCGGACUACAGCGAAGCGAUGUUGCGUCAGUGGAACAGCGAAGGGGCAGCUCCUGAGGAGAAGGCAUUGCUAAGCCUCAUCUCAGCCACCGCGCUGGGGAACUCAAAAGGAGCGACCGGCGGAGCAGCAGCGGCAGCGGGGACAGCAGGGGACAGCAGCAGGACAGCAGCAGGAGCAGGAGUGAGUGGAGAGGAAACUGCGGCAGGAGGAGGCAGCUCUGCCUCUCAUGUGAGAGAGCAUCACAGCAUGAUCACCAAGGAAAGAUGGGAAGAGCAAAGACAUCUCCUUUCUGGUGCUGAAUAUGGAACCAUGGCAGCUGGAGGGGUUGAAGGCAUGGCAGGUAUGGAAGGCAAGACAGUGGUGGCUGGAGGAGGAGUCACAGUGGGAGCAGCAGGAGCCAUGAAUGAAGAAUUUUUAAGAGACUACUUCAAUGAUAAAGCUAUCUCUUUCGCGGACGAAGAUGAAGCCCAAGCUGCAAGCGACUGUCUCCUCGUUUAUUCCCAGGGAGAGUCAGGCUCCCCUCAUGGCUCUGUCGGCUGCUGCAGCUUUAUUGAGGGUGAUCUUGAUGACCAUUUCCUUGAUGAUUUAGGAGACAAAUUUAAGACUCUAGCAGAAAUAUGCAUAGGCAGACAAAUCAACAUGAAAGAUGGUAGCUCCAGGAAUGAAUCAGGUUUCGGUCUUAAUGACACCAAGUCACGGUUCUUAGAUCAGCAAAAUGCUUCCAGCUCUGAACAAGCCUUUGCCUCAGGCAGCCGCUUCCAGCCCACCCCACCAGUGUACACGGGCAGAGGUGCAGGGGAAGACACGGUGUCCAAGGAGGUCGUCACAGAAACAACCUUUGCAUCCCGGUCUGGGCAGCACGGCAACCAGUCCCUUCCCACAGCCCAUGCAGAGACCAAUUUCACCGUGAUGGAAACAUCCUACUCUGCGGGGGCUCCCGACUACUCAGCCGUUCGCUUUCUAGAGCCCCAGUUUAAGGAGAACGUAGUAGUGACAGAGAGAGUGCUGGCACCCGCGUCGAGCUUGCAGGGUAUGGUGGAAAUCCCCGACUUGCCGCACGGAAGUAAUGUGGUGGUUACAGAGAGGAUGGUGAAGUCAGAGGGCGCCAGAGCAGGAGCCCUGAUGGUUCAGGAUCUCCCUGACUCCCAGUAUGUCGUGGUGAGGGAGCGGGAGAGGGUGCUUGUGCCUGCUGCAGAGCAGGGCUCGCUCAGCUUCCCCGCGGUGGCGGAGGGGCGCAGCGUGGUGGUGAACGAAAGGGUGGUGACAGCCUCAGGGAUGCAGGGCAGAGCCGAAGAGGCGGUGGGUGCUGGCUCGGGAAGGCAAGAGCAUGCGUUGAUCACAGACUCCUUGCUUAACCAGGGGGGCUCCAAUAUAGAGGGGACGUCUUCUGCCAGCGCCACGCUGAGCAAGUCUUCCAGGGUCACCAAAUACAGCACGGUGCAGUACACUCGCUCGUAG